AUGGACGAACGUUAUUAUACAAUUACCGAGGCGCAGGCGGCUGUGAAGGCCAAGUACCCGGCUGUUACCAAGAAGCAUGAGUAUUUGGAUCACACUGCUGAUGUUCAGCUACAUGCAUGGGGAGAAACCUUAGAAGAAGCUUUUGAGCAAUGUGCUAUGGCAAUGUUUGGAUAUAUGACUGACAUUGAAACGGUAGAACCCAUAGACACAGUAGAAGUGGAAAUUGAAGGGCAAGACAUGCUUUCACUUCUUUACAAUUUCCUGGAUGAGUGGUUAUAUAAAUUUAGUGCCGACCAGUACUUUGUUCCCCGGAGAUAAAGGUGCUGCACAUAGAUCGUAUGAGUUUUAAAAUCCGUUCCAUUGGGUGGGGGGAAGAAUUCAGUUUAUCCAAACACCCCCAGGGCACUGAGGUAAAAGCCAUUACAUAUUCAGCCAUGCAGAUCUGGGAAGAGGAAAAGCCUGAAGUUUUUUGUCAUCAUUGAUAUUUAA